AUCCACAGAGCUGGCGCGCAGAGCAGCCCAUCCUCUCUCUCUCAGUGCGACUCCUCCGAGGGAUCAGGAGUAGACUAAGUCAAACUUCCAGCAGCUGAAGAUUUGUGCACAAGCGUUGAAUGAUCCAAGUCGUCAAGCUGUAAACCAGGAGAUGGAAGCAUGGGAUCUACUAUCAGUAGGGCCAAGAGGAGUCUAAUACACUAAAAAAACAGGUGCCUGUGAUGAUGUUGCCAUGUGCCAACUGCCAUCUGCUCUUGUCCUACUUUAUUCAGCAGGACUGAUGUCCAGAUGGUAUGCCCCUCCAUGUGUGGUCCAAUUCAGCUCUCCCUGACCGUUUCAUGGGCCACAGACCGACCCAAGCAUCCACGGCCACUGCUCGACUCAACCCCACCGCGCACUGUACACCUCACCCUUAAUCCCUCACCCCUAACCUUUGCCUUCAGCCCCCCACCUCCCUCUGUCCCACUUUCUGUCAAGCCUCUCCUCACAUUUUGACAAUCCUAGCCUUCCCUGAGCCCAACAUGGUGACCGGCAUUCCUGCUCUAGUCUUGGUCAUGAUGUGUCGGGGCGUCUUGCUCUCUGUUGGAGACCCACCUCAGUCUCGCCGGGAGAUCCGCAUCGAGGGAGAUUUGGUGCUCGGUGGACUGUUCCCAGUGCACGAGAAAGGUGCUGGGAUGGAGGAGUGUGGCCGUGUAAACGAGGACAGAGGGAUCCAGAGGCUAGAGGCCAUGCUGUUUGCUAUAGACAGAAUCAAUAUGGACAACACUUUGCUGCCUGGGGUGUCCCUCGGGGUCCACAUCCUGGACACCUGCUCCAGAGAUACCUAUGCACUGGAGCAGGCUCUGGAGUUUGUAAGAGCCUCCCUCACCAAGGUGGACGACACAGAGUUCAUCUGUCCGGACGGAUCUUACGCUCUGCAGGACGACAGCCCGCUCGCAAUCGCUGGAGUCAUAGGUGGAUCCUUCAGCAGCGUGUCCAUACAGGUUGCCAAUCUUCUCAGGCUCUUUCAGAUUCCUCAGAUAAGCUAUGCGUCAACCAGUGCCAAGCUCAGCGAUAAGACCCGUUACGAUUACUUCGCCCGCACAGUUCCCCCUGAUUUCUACCAGGCCAAAGCUAUGGCUGAGAUCCUCCGGUUCUUUAACUGGACGUACGUGUCCACUGUGGCAUCGGAGGGCGAUUACGGUGAAACCGGUAUAGAGGCCUUCGAACAAGAGGCACGCAUGAGGAACAUCUGUAUCGCUACUUCGGAGAAGGUGGGGCGUUCUAAUGCUAAGAAGUCCUAUGAAGCUGUGAUCCGUCAGCUCCUCCAGAAGCCAAAUGCCCGUGUGGCUGUCCUCUUUCUGCGCAGUGACGAUGCCAGAGAGCUGCUGGCAGCUGCUGCCAGGCUUAACACCUCCUUCAUCUGGGUGGCCAGCGAUGGUUGGGGUGCACAGGAAAGCAUUGUCAAGGGAAAUGAGGUCACUGCUGAAGGAGCCAUCACACUUGAGCUGUCAGCCAAUCCCGUGCCAGAAUUCAACCGCUACUUCCUCGGUCUGAACCCGGCCAAAAAUCAUCGGAAUCCCUGGUACAGGGAAUUCUGGGAGCAGCGGUUCCAGUGCUCCUUGGGUGGUGGAGGAACAGGAGGAGGGGGAGGUGUUGGAUUUGGAGAGACGCCUCUCCCGCCAUGUGACAAGGACUUGUCUAUGGACAAGAGUAACUUUGAACCAGAGUCUAAGAUCAUGUUUGUGGUGAACGCAGUAUACGCCAUAGCCAUUGCACUCCACAAUAUGCAACGGAGCCUGUGCUUCAACACCACCAAGCUGUGCGACAGCAUGAAGGCACUGGAUGGGCGCAGACUUUACAGGGAUUACAUCCUUAAUGUCAGCUUCACAGCCCCUUUCGCUCCUCCAGGCAGUGAAACAGCCGUGAAGUUUGAUUCCCAGGGGGAUGGCAUGGGCCGAUACAACAUCUUCAGCUACCAGCGCUCUGGUGAUCGUUAUGGUUAUGUGUCGGUAGGUGAAUGGGCAGAGAGUCUGAGUCUGAGCAGCGAGCUGAUUCACUGGCCUAGAGAAAUGGUGCCCACCUCACAAUGCAGCGACCCCUGUGAACGCAAUGAGAUGAAGAAAAUGCAGGCAGGUGAGUACUGCUGCUGGAUCUGCACAGCCUGUGAGCCCCAUGAAUACCUGGCUGAUGAGUUCACCUGCUCGCCCUGUGCUCCUGGCCAGUGGCCCACUGAUGACCUGACGUCCUGUUACGACCUUCCUGAGGACUAUAUUAUGUGGGAAGACGCUUGGGCCAUUGGUCCAAUUACCAUCGCCUGUGUAGGGUUCAUGUGCACCGGUAUGGUGUUUUGGGUGUUUAUCAGACAUAACCACACACCACUGGUGAAGGCUUCAGGCAGAGAGCUAUGUUACAUCCUCCUCUUGGGAGUCUUCAUGUCCUACGCCAUGACUUUCCUCUUCUUGGCCAAACCCUCUCCUGCCAUCUGUGCCCUGCGCCGUCUCGGCCUGGGCACGUCUUUCGCUGUCUGCUACUCCGCCCUUCUUACCAAAACCAACAGGAUCGCCAGGAUUUUCAGUGGCGUGAAAGAUGGAGCGGGUGCAGCGAGGCCACGCUUCAUUAGCCCGUCCUCUCAGGUGUUCAUCUGUCUGAGUUUAAUUUCCGUCCAGUUAGUGAUGGUGUCAGUGUGGCUGCUGCUGGAAGUUCCUGGGACACGGCGCUUCACUUUGCCAGAGCGACGACAGACUGUCAUCCUCAAGUGUAACGUACGCGACUCCAGCAUGCUUCUGUCACUGGGAUAUGACGUGCUCCUGGUCAUCCUGUGUACUGUGUAUGCCUUCAAGACCAGGAAGUGCCCUGAAAACUUCAAUGAGGCCAAGUUUAUCGGAUUUACCAUGUACACCACCUGUAUAAUUUGGCUGGCAUUUCUUCCCAUUUUCUAUGUUACAUCCAGUGACUACAGGGUUCAGACCACCACCAUGUGUAUCUCAGUCAGCCUGAGUGGCUUUGUGGUCCUGGGCUGUAUGUUUGCUCCUAAGGUCCAUAUCAUCAUGUUUCAGCCCCAGAAAAAUGUGACGAGCCACAGACUUAACCUCAAUCGCUUCAGUGUCAGUGGGGCUGCCACCACAUACGCAUCCCACGCUUCUGUCAGCACCCACCACGUCCCCACUGUGUGCAACGGGAGAGAAAUCGUCGACUCCACUACUUCCUCCCUGUGACCACAUCCAGUCCAGUCUCUAAAUCUGCCCCUGCGACUGUUAGCCAAUCCACGAACAUUAACCCCCUUCAACCGUCAUUCCCCACCUCAUACGCACACCGUACACAUUAACACAAGCAUACAUACAUGUGGACACAUAUACACAAAUACACGUGCAAACAAACAAACAAACAAACAAACAAACAAACAACCUUCCUUGUGGACUAGAACUGUAUUGUUUCACAAAUGUAGAAAGUGUGUAACUAUAAUUAAAUUAUUUUCUAGGGAUGUACAUACAUGGAAUCAACAUUGUUGUAAGUAGAGAAACAAAAGAACAAAAAAAAGUUUUUAGGAGGAAUUUUUGGAGCCUUUGUUUUUGAUAGCUUUGUUAUGAUGCGGUGUAAAUAGACAUGCGCUUAAUCAAAGUAGGAGGGUGUGUGUCUCUCAGUCUGGAUGCACAUUUGUGGCUCUGCUUGCCUCACCUGCAAUAUCCCACAGACUUUUUAAUCUCGUGCUUUUUUGUAGGUCUCAUUGUAAUAACCAAUUAUGUAUGCAUUUCUAUUGUGUAUCUGUACAUUUGUAUAUUAUACUACUGAUGGUUCAAACAGCACAAUGUUGACAGUCUUGUUACCCAAGAAUGAAUGUGGACAAAAGGAUUAACUGGAUAGCAUAAGAUGGCCGGAAUGGAAAAAUCCAUCAAACGAUUUACAGUUACACUGUGCCAGAAUAUAAUUUUGAGUUUGAGAAUUCAUCUAUUCGCAUCUUGAAAGAUUUGCUUUGCAAACUUGAUCCAUAUAAAGAAACAAUUGUGGCUGUUUUUGCAGGAAAAAUGUUGCUUUUAAUACAAAUGCUCUUUUUUAUAUUUCUAAACAUGGAAUCCCUUUAUCUAAAUGGCCAUGGUACCAGACAUGUUUUCACCAAAGCAACAGUAUGUUCACUCCCACUCUUGAACUGCUGCUCAGUAAUGGAUUGUUAAUAAUAACUAAUAGCAGGCCAGAAAGAAUAAAGUGUGUCAAAAGCAUUUCUUUUGCCUCAAAACUGUCAAUACGGACAGUGCUGUUAUAGUUCUGUCGACAAAAAAAAAAAAAAUGUUGUCUUACCUGGUAAUUAUGAAUUUGUACUCCAGUGACUCAAGUGCUAAUGGAGGGAACUGUCUGCUUUGCUGAACACAUGUUGAAUUUUCCGACUUACAGGGGGAGUGGUAGCUUAUGUUUUCGUGCCCCAUAGAUAAAGUAUGUGGUGAAGUUUUGAAUAUGGCUAUGUGCCUUAUUGUAUGUUUGAUAGUGCUCCAGGUUGUAAGAGAUCAGUUUUGCAUUACCAGCUUCUGUUUGGUAAAUGUAAAACUGACCUCAGUAUAGAGUACUUGUUUCAGGGCAACACUAUGCCAAUUAGUUUGAUUCCCGACCAAGUUUUUGCCAUUGAUUGUUUAGCUGAAGUAUUGAAACAGUGAAUCUGAGUAAUCCUUAGGUGAAAAUGACUUUCUCUACCCCCCUUCUUUCUCCAGUCUGUGAUUAAAAAAACAUGAAAUGGAUAUUUCUGCUAGACACCCAUCGCACCGAUUUGACUUUACAUUCUUUACAGCUUAGCUGCUCCAAUAAAAGACUGAAGGGGAAAGAGAAGCUCUUAUACCAGAUAAGAUGAAGUCACUGACUCGUCAACUUAUUGAAGUGUGCAGUUUACAUGUCUGUGUUAAAUGUGUUGAUGUUGAGAGGCACAGUGGAGCAGCUGGCUUCGGCAGUCCCAGAGAGGCUCACGAGAGGAAGCAGAGCACACAAUGUCAGCUGCUGGCAGAUCCCAACUAACAAAAGGAUGUUAAGAGUAGAGUUCAUAUGCAUAUACGCACACAUACAUAAUAUUUAUGAACAUCCAUACCUAUCAAACUCUCUGUUUGUAGCUGGAAAUAUGACAGACUCUCUGAUGGGUAAUAGUUAUGAGGUGGGGAAAUAAAUGACAAAAAGUUUUUGUUUUGUUUUUUAUAAGAAAAGUGUGGACUAAUCUAGCAUUACAGCAUAUUUUAUUUUAAAGAGUGGCCUGUCAUGCAAGAGUUUAUUACAUUUAGAAUGUUAGUAAAUUAUUAAUGAAUUGAUCUUAAAUGGUUACAUACUAUAAUAUGCUGUCUAAAAUAAAGUGUGACUGUUAUAUUUGAUAUUUCUGACAAAAUAUGUGAGCCGAAUCACUUAUUUGCUUUCCCCAGACGAAUCUAGUUGCUUCAUGUUCAAAUUCAUAUAAUAAGGCACAGGCAGAACAACCAUCUCUUGACCGCUCCACACCUUUGCACAGCCGGUCUCCAACACCACCCGUGAUUAUCACACUGAAUGAUAGAUUGGAGGAAUUUUACAGGAUGCGCCAAGACAAGCCGACCUACAUCGGGCGUGUGUAUUAGGUGUGGAGAGCAGGAGGAGAGAGCGAUGUGGCAAAGCAGAGGGGAGCUACUGCUGGAUUAUGUAAAGCACUCCUACAGCCCAGAAGUCGCAGCACUUCUAUAGAAGCUCAAAACAUCUCAGAGAUUCACAGUCUUUGUUAGCAGAAGGCUUAGCCAUUCACUCAGUGGUCCUGCUCCCACAAGAUACACCCCGCAUGGCAGGUUGCUAUGGACAACCACCACCACAUCCGCUGCCGGAAUGUCUAUUUGUCUGCAUGGAGAGGAGGGUGGGAGGAGGGGUGAGGAGAGGGCAAAAGAAGAGGAAUAGAAAGAGGAAAAACGGGGGUGCUGGUUGUGAUUCAAAUUGGCAGUGACUGAUGAGAUUUGGCUCAGCGAGGCCCAGUACUCUACUCCCAGCUUUUAAUGGCCACACAAACAGAGCACUUAACCCUGAUUCUCCUCUCAUUUAGUCCAGGGACUAGUCUUGGACAACAGUCUCACACUCUUCCUCUGACCCCCUCUCUCUUAAUCUGCCUCACCCCUUUUCAACCUUUUCCCCUGCCACCAAUGUCCACCUCAUCUUCACUCUGUGUGUGAAACUUGCUGCUGUGUCUCAGCCAAGACCACCGAAGCCAGACUAACAGAUUGGUAGCCCACACUUAAACUAAAGCAUUCGGAUCUGGGCUACACGCUGCAGCACAUGCCAACGAGGUGGCCUUGAGGAGGUUGGAAAAGGGAUAAGGGGAAUGCAGAUAAAGGAGUUGGAUCGCAUAUGGGGAAAUGAAAAUGGGACUCAACUAUAAAGAAAAGCAUCACUUUGAAAUAUAUCACCUUCCUGCCUACACUACACACAGUUUAUCAUCUCAUGUACCCACUAACUCUUGCUGUGGCUUCUUUAAUUGGCUUUACUCAUGAAUAUGCCUUUCAAACAGAAAACCAUCCACUAUGGACAUUGUUCCUCUAUUCAUCCUCUGCCAACUGCCAUGUGCUCUACAAAGGCCUCUGUGCUGUAGCCCCCGCUAUACAACAAAAUGUGUCCUUGGCCUCUAGGCUUUCAAAUGAGACAGGAUCUCUGCAGCGAACUGAAGCUGAGGUCAAGCUGAACUCUGGAACUGGUCAAUUGCAAAAAGCAAUAGUUCCUGUGUUUAUGAUACGUGCAAUAAUGAGGCUGUGAUGACAUCAUAAUAAAUAACAACAAG